GCUUUGAGUGUCCGCAGUGUAAAGGGUAUUUAUCUUAUUUUCCGGCUCUGAAUUACAGCCACCUGCACUGACCGCAAAAGACCUGAACUGCGAUUCCGAGAAUGGCAUUUAAAACGGGCAUCUUUAGAUUAUUAUAUCCACUAGUUGAUUUAUAUGCGGGGAGGUUCGAAAUGUCUACGUCAAUUUAUAACGCUGGAUUAGAACUCCAAUAACAUCAUAUUCCUUCCGGGAUAUGUGAAUGUAUCCUAGUGGAGCCAUAAAGGUUCGUUGAGGUCUCAAUGCAGCCCGGGGGUCAUAAAUCCCCAGAAUGUCCAAGUGGUACAGGGACCUUUUUUUCACAUUAAGGGAGAAGAGGAGGGCGGGGGUGGCAGUUUAAACUACAAAAGCGCUGUAGUCUACCAAAGUGAAAGUAAUGUCAAAAGGCACGCUUGCACAACGUCCAGAGCAGACACUAAAAGGGGGAAUCCUAAUGGUUACCAAGGCAACAUGACAAGUGACUUGGCAUGGAUCAUCAGAGCUUGUCUCUUUCAGGUGUGCCUGUGGAGAGCCUGUCUGUGUAAGGCGAAUGACUGCAUGCAUAACGAACUUCUGACAGAAAUGGUAGAACGUCUGCCAAAGGGCUAUUUGUUCAGAGUGAACAGAAGUGAGGAAAGAUUUGUUGCAAAAGCCCUUAGCAGGUUCUAUGGGGAGAACUGUAAGAAGGACUUUGAAUGCAAAGAUUACACUGAAGACAAAACAAAUUCUACUGUAUGUUACUUACUGACCUGUCUGCAUGGGAAGGAACCUGAGUGUGUCUCCAAUGUCACAUACAGUCUAGCUGACGUGGAGUUGGUCAGUUUGAAAGGCUUCAAGUGUCUGGUUGAAGAUGCAUUCAAUCAGAAAUAUAAUUUGUCACAAGAACAAGAGGACGAAUGUGCUGAUGUUUUUGUUGAUGCAGUGAGAUGCCAAAAAGCAACUACACUUGAUACAAAAACUCCAACAAUAUAUACAACCACGUUACCCACCAUAAAUUACAAAACAUCGUCGAUCCCGCCCAAAACAUCAUCGUCAACAACACCACCACCAUCAUCAUUAACAUCGUCAACAAUAUCAAACAGCAACAUGGAGUCACAAGAGCAGCAAUUACAAAGGAAGGUCAUAUCAGUCAGUACAUUGUUAGCUAUCUCUCUGAUAGCUAAUAUCCUCCUUUUUGGUGUUGUCAUCUUGCGGACCCGGGGGAGACGCCAGCAUGAGGGCGUGUCACUUGCCAUGCCUGAACUGACAGUAUUGAACGGAGUAGAGGUAAAUCAUCUGAUGCAGAACGACAACGGAGAUGCUCUGCAGCACUGACCCCCGUUCAGUGGAACAAUCCAGCUCUCUUCCAUCUGCCACCAUUUGCCCCUCGCUUUCAAUGGACAAAUAUAUAUCCUGAGCCAAAGAAAAGGAGCCAACAGUCCUGCCUCUCUCUCUCUCUCUCUCUCUCGCUCACACACACACUUCACACUUCCAGGGCUGAGGCCACAACUCUUCUUCUCCUUCCACUGGGAUUCUGGAGUUACUGUUGCAGACAUGAAUAAAAUCUCCCCUCCGUGUGUUUUAAUGAGGAGAAUGGGAGAACUAAUAAAUGUCCGUCUGUCAAGAGUCUCUAAAGAACAAGACAUGGAUUAAGGGAACACGGUGGUCUUGAAUGUCACCCCCUGCCUUCAGCUGUCCGUUCAGCCCAAAGAUAAGAUGUUCAUGUGAAUGGGAAGAAAACAGUGAGAUGAACAACAAGAUGAACCCUUUAGGGACGUACAUUAAAACUAAGAUGGUCCGAUAUUGAGUAUUAUUGUACUUUGCUGAAGUACAUUACUUUACGAACAAAGCCUGCAUCCAUUCCUGUCUGUGUUUGGAUGAUGUGGCUGUGUUACUUGAUGAAAGGGGAUUUUAUGACGCAGAGGGAAAGAGAAAUAUCAAAGGAGUAAAUCAGUGAAGAAAAAAAGAUGAAAUAAAUAAAGUGAAGACCAUUUUAUGUACAAAGUGUGUAUAUAUUUAGAGUACCAGUCAAAUUUUGGACACACCUACUAAUUCAAAAAAAUGUUGGACUAUUUUCUACAUUGUAGAAUAAUAGUGAAUACAUCAAAACUAUGAAACAACACAUAUGGAAUCAUGUAGUACCCAAAGAAGUGUUAACCAAAUCAAAAUAUGUUCUGUAUUUGAGAUUCUUCAAAGUAGCCACCCUUUGCCUUGAUGACAGCUUUGUACAGUCUUGGCAUUCUCUCAACCAGCUCCAUGAGGAAUGCUUUUCCAACAGUCUUGAAGGAGAUCUCACAUAUGCUGAGCACUUGUUGGCUGCUUUUCCUUCACUCUGAGGUCCAACUAAUCCCAAACCAUCUCAAUUGGGUUGAGAUUGGUGAUUGUGGAGGCCAGGUCAUCUGAUGCAAUACACUCUCCUUGGUCAAUAUCCCUUACCCCACCUGGUGGUGUGCUGGGUCAUUGUCCUGUUGAAAAACAAAUGAUAGUCCCACUAAGAGCAAACCAGAUGGGAUGGCGUAUCGCUGCAGAAUGCUGUGGUAGCCAUGCUGGUUAAUGGUGCCUUGAAUUUUAAAUAAAUCGCAGGCAGUGUCACCAGCAAAGCACCAUCACACCACCUCCUCCAUGCUUCACGGUGGGAAUCACACAUGCGGAGAUCAUCUGUUCACCUACUCUGCAUCUCACAAAGACACGGCGGUUGGAACCAAAAAUGUCAAAUUUGGACUCAUCAGACCAAAGGACCGAUUACCACCAGUCUAUUGUCCAUUGUUCGUGUUUCUUGGCACAAGCAAGUCUCUUCUUAUUAUUGGUGUCCUUUAGUAGGUGUUUUUUGCAGCAAUUAGACCAUGAAGGCCUGAUUCACGCAGUCUCCUCUGAACAGUUGAUGUUGAGAUGUGUCUGUUACUUGAACUCUGUGAAGCAUUUUUUUGUGGGCUGCAAUCUGAGGUGCAGUUAACUCUAACUUAUCCUCUGCAGCAGAGGUAACUGUGGGUCUUCCUUUCCUGUGGCGGUCCUUGUGAGAGCCAGUUUCAUCAUAGUGCUGAUGGUUUUUGCGACUGCACUUGAAACUUUAAAAGUUCUUGAAAUGUUCCGGAUUGACUGACCUUCAUGUCUUUUCUCUUUGCUUAUUUGAGCAAUUUAUUUACCAAAUAGGGCUAUCAUCUGUAUACCACCCCUACCUUGUCACAACACAACUGCUUGUCUCAAACAUGCUAAGAAGGAAAGAAAUUCCACAAAUGAACUUUUAACAAGGCACACCUUUUCAUUGAAAUGCAUUCCAGGUGACUACCUCAUGUAGCUUGUUGAGAGAAUGUCAAGAGUGUGCGAAAAUGUAAUUAGGACCAAGGGUGGCUACUUUGAAGAAUCUCAAAUAUAAAAUGCUUUUUGAAUUUGUUUCACACUUUUUUUGGUUACUACAUUUAUUCCAUAUGUGUUAUUUCAUCGUUUUGAUGUCUUCACGAUUAUUCUACAAUGAAGAAAAUAGUAAAAAUAAAGAAAAACCCUUGAAUGAGUAUGUGUGUCCAAACUUUUGACUGGUACUGUAAAAACACUACCGUUUAAACGUUUGGGGUCACUUAGAAAUGUCCUUAUUUUCCAUGAAAACAUACAUGAAAUGAGUUGCAAAAUGAAUAGGAAAUAUAGUCGAGAUGUUGACAAGGUUAUAAAUAAUGAUGUUUCGUUGAAAUAAUAAUUGUGUUUGCUUUCAUCAAAGAACCCUCCAUUUGCAGCAAUUACAGCCUUGCAGACCUUUGGCAUUCUAGUUGUCAAUUUGUUGAGGCAAUCUGAAGAGAUUUCACCCCGUGCUUCCUGAAGCAACUCCCACAAGUUGGACUGGUUGAUGGGCACUUCUUACGUACCGUACGGUCAAGCUGCUCUCACAACAGCUCAAUAGGGUUGAUAUCCGGUGACUGUGCUUUGAGUCAUUGAAAUUGGCUCCAACUAAGCGCCGUCCACAGGGUAUGGCAUGGCGUUGCAAAAUGGAGUGAUAGCUUUCCUUCUUCAAGAACCCUUUUCCCCUUUACAAAACACCUACUUUACCACCACCAAAGCACCCCCAGACCAUCACAUUGCCUCCACCAUGCUGACAGAUGGCGUCAAGCACUCCUCCAGCAUCUUUACAUUUUUUUCUGCGUCUCACAAAUGUUCUUCUUUGUGAUCCGAACACCUCAUACUUAAAUUCGUCCAGUGUCUGUGUUAUUUUGCCCAUCUUAAUCUUUUAUUUUUAUUGGCCAGUCUGAGAUAUGGCUUUUUCUUUGCAACUCUGCCUAGAAGGCCAGCAUCCCGGAGUCGUCUCUUCACUGUUGACGUUGAGACUAGUGUUUUGCAGGUAAUAUUUAAUGAAGCAGUUGAGGACUUGGGAGGCGUCUGUUUCUCAAACUAGACACUCUAAUGUACUUGUCCUCUUGCUCAGUUGUGCACCGGGGCCUCCCACUCCUCUUUCUAUUCUGGUUAGAGACAGUUUGCGCUGUUCUGUGAAGGGGAGUAGUACACAGCGUUGCAUGAGAUCGUCAGUUUCUUGGCAAUUUCUCAUGGAAAUGGAAUAGCCUUCAUUUCGCAGAACAAGAGUAGACUGAUGACUUUCAGAAGAAAGUUCUUUGUUUCUGCCCAUUUUGAGCCUGUAAUCAAACCCACAAAUGCUGAUGCUCCAGAUACUCAACUAGCCUAAAGGCCAGUUUUAUUGCUUCUUUAAUCAGAACAACAGUUUUCAGCUGUGCCAACAUAAUUGCAAAUGGGUUUUCUAAUGAUCAAUUAGCCUUUUAAAAUGAUAAACUUGGAUUAGCUAACACAACGUGCCAUUUGAACAUGGUUGCUGAUAAUGGACCUCUAUACGCCUAUGUAGAUAUUCGAUUAAAAAUCAGCCAUAUCCAGCUGCAAUAGUCAUUUACAACAUUACUAAUGUCUACACUGUAUUUCUGAUCAAUUUUAUGUUUUUCUAAUGGACAUUUCUAAGUGACCCCAAACUUUUGAACUGUAGUGUGUGUAUAUAUAUAUAUAUAUAUAUAUAUAUAUAUAUACUUUUGUUAUAUUUCACUAUUUGCUUUGAUAUCGGCACCUUGUGAUGAGGAUUACUAACAACAUAAAACUUCUGUACCAUGUCUAUGUGUUGCAGAGACGGUACAGAGUGGGUGUGUGUGUGAACAGUGAGAGAUGUUGUUUUUUCCUUAUCAGUGUUAUGCCAAGACAUAUUUUUAUAGGCGGGACUCAAAAGCCCCAACAAUUGUUUUAUUGAAAGGGGACGUUAUUUUUGUAUCCAAUUUGUAAAGAAUCUUUACAUCUAAAAAAAAAAAGCUUGUUAUUACGUGUUUUAUACACACGAUCUGUUUAAUAACAUACUUUGUGGUCUGGUUUCCCUGACACAGAUUAAGUCUAAUCCAAGACUAAACAUUUACUUCCGUGGAUAUUCUCCAUUGAGCAUGCUUUUAACUCCAGGACUAGGUUUAGAGCUAUAUUCAGCCUUGUCCAAAUGAAAACCACGAGCUUCUUUUUAAAUCUAUUUCUACUUUUUAUUUUCUUGAUCUCAAUGUGGAGGCUUUUACAUAGACAGAUGCCUGUAUAGAAAAGCGUGCUCCUCCUGACUGGACAUUUGCCAAUACAACGGAGGAGAGUGCCAGUCUAUUUCCACUUUUCUCUCCAUGCGUAUUCCGACCAUGAAUUUAAGCAUGAGAAUAGCGUGCUAUUCACCUGCGAUUCGUUUUGGGUGGCGAUCGAAUGAAUGAAGUUGUGGCGGAGGUGUAUCCACAGAUAUGCCGUAUUCCGACCUUUAUUUAAUGCCCUAAUAAUUCUACCACCUUUACGCGCGAGGAAACCAUGAAUAAGGCCUAGUGAAUUUACCGGUUCCAAGUGGAACUUUAUUUUCCCCGAUAGAAAUAACAUCAUUCUCCAUGCACUGUAAUUUACAACUUGAUAAGAGCUAGGUAAAUGAGUAAUCCUUUUGGAUAAGGGAAUUGUAAAUACAAAUUACUCUUGUUUUCGUUCUAUUUUACAUGAUUAUCGCUGGAGACAGUCAUAUGGCAGCAAACUGAAGGAUAUAAAGUUUUGAAACCGAUGUUUAUUUGUGUACCAGUUCAUAAACAAUGUGGUUCGAAAAUCUCUUCCCAACUAUUUACAACCUAUAAGGCACAGCUGUACAUUUUUUGGUCCUUAAAUGAAGCUAGUAUACUUUUUUGUUUAUCACAAUUUUCUUUAACUAGUUUUGGUCUUUAACGCCAUUGCCUCUUUUUUUUGUUGCUGAAAUGCUGAAAUUGGUUGGUUGUCAUUUUGGAUAGGACAGACAUUUCCAUAUAUUUAGUUAGCUGCAUGUUUGACAUAACUCCACCAGUCCUAUUCAUGAUAUAAUUUACAAAGUUGAUAACGUUUUUUUAUUUUGUAUUAUUUUUAAAUCAAUUAUUAUAUUUGAGUUUAACCACAAUAUAUCUUGUAAUAUUUGUUCUGUUCAUUUUUCUGGUAGCUUAAACUGAAAUUGCAACCAACUUUUAAAAAAUAAAUAGCAAUUUGGAGACUUAUUUCAUUUUCAAAUAACCGAAAGUGAGAGAUUGUAAUCUGAAUAAAGGGAAAAAGCCAUUGUUACUAAUCUGCUAGAGAACCAGUUUGGAUUUAAGUAUAGCUUUUGUAUGACUGCGGCCUUUAUUGAGAGGACUAAUGCUUUAAUGUCAUGUUAUGUCUUGUCCCUGUGCUUUCCCUUCUCUUCGUUUCCCCCUGCUGGUCGUAUUGGUUACUCUCUCUCUCUCUAUCGUUCCGUUCCUGCUCCCAGCUGUUCCUCAUUCUCCUAACGACCUCGUUUACUCUCUCACACCUGUCCCCUCUUUUGCCCUCUGAUUAAGUCUCUAUUUCUCUCUCUGUUUCUGCUUCUGUCCUUGUCGGAUUCUUGUUUGCUUUGCCCUUGUCCCGUCCUGUCGUAAUCUGCCUCUUCAUCAGAUGCUGCGUGUGAGCAGGUGUCUCUGUCCUCUACGGCCCGCGCCUACCCAGAGGGACCUGCAGUCGGUUGCCGCUAGCCCUGCAAUUCUCCUCUACUACUAGAAGGAGGACUCUCCUGCAAAGAUAGAGGAUUUAUGUUUUCCCUGUUUGGACAUCUCCUGUAAAGAUUGAGGAUUUAUGUUUUCCCUGUUUGGACAUUAAAAGACUCUGUUCCUGUUGAA